AUGGCUCGCGUUCCGGUUCUUCUUCUGCUCACCUGCCUGCUCGGCUUCUACCUGAUCGACCUGGGCCACGCCGACUGCUACAAUUGCAUGCAGGGCGACCUGGAAACCCUUGGCGACAACGACGUGGAGAAGGCCAUCUGGCUGGCGAUCCUCGAUGGCGUCGAGGUGUCUAGUGAUUGCGAGAAUGUGAAGGUUCGACAAGAGUGCACGGGGACGAACAAGUGCUCCCACGCUCACCUGGAGAAGAAGAAUGACCAAGCGAUCAUCAAGCAGUUGGAGAUCCGCACCUGCGCCACGGGAUUUUUGCUGACGAACUGGACGACGGGCUACCAACGCAAGGAGAUCCCUGGAAGUCACCUCACUGUGACGGAGCAAGCAUGCGAGGGUGAUCCGUGCAACAAGCUGCCGAUGACCGAAUUGAAGCAGCGCGCUGAAGAAGCGGCCAAGCACUCGUCGACGGCCUCCCCCGACUACAACUACCUCGACGGCGCUUACAUCCAGUCGCACAAGAAUUGCACCACGGUUGAGGAAAUCACAGAAAAGUCGCCGGGCGACAAGUGCAUCCAGGCGUACUUUAUUGGCAAAGAACGCGGCGAAUACAAGCACGCCAUCUUGCGAAACACUGCGUCCAAGGCGUUUCUGGCGAAGGGCUGGAAGGUGGGCAGCGAGGUGAAGCCGGCCGAGGCCCCAAUGAUUCGCUACGUGGUGGAUUCGUGCGAGGGGCAUCUGUGCAACAAGAUGCCCAUGGAAGAGUUGGAGCAGCUGGCGAAGAGCACCAACCGCAUCGGCUACACCAUGAUCGUGUUCCCCGUCGUCGCCUGCCUCAUCACCCGCAUUGUC